UUCUUUAAAAAAGUUACUCCAAUAUGUGUCGCGUAAAAGUUACCUGUUGUUGUUUUAGCAAAAAAUAAAAAUAAAUUUUAUAGUUGGGAUACAAUUUUUGUGGUGGCUAAAAAUAGUGAACAAAGUUAAAGUUCGAACCCAGAUGUUUUAUGUCAUUCAUAGACAGGAAGAAAUAUUAAAUUAAUUAAAUUUAAAUAUUUUUUACGAAUUUUUAAAUAAUUAUAAGGAAAAUUAAAGUUUCUAUAUAAAAACUAUUUUUUACGAAUUUUGUGCUAAAGUUUUUUUAAAAUUGCGAAUGGAUUAUAUAAAUAAUGUACACUGUUCUCCAUUAUGGACUUAGCUGAUCAAAUCGAUGAUUAUAUUUGUUCAUUUGAAGGAAUCGGUGACUUAUCAAUGGACUCAUUAGCAAUGUUCAUAUUUAUUUGGGCCGUUUUGGCUCUAUUCUUAGUAUGGCUGUGUAAAUUUUUAUAUAAUAAAUAUAUGAAUAAGGAAACACCAAUUGUUAAUAGUCGAAAUAAUAGUGUUGUUACAACUGGUGCUAAAGCAAAUGGUGAUAAAUUACGACUAUCUGAACCUAAAGAAAUUUUAUCUAGUAAAGAUGUUAAGGAUUCUAAACCACUAAGUGCCGGAGCUGGAGGAGGACGAGGCCGAUCUGGUAUUGUUGGUGGACCAAAUGCUCCUUUACGUAAACGUGUUGUACGUCAAAGCUCAACUGGGCCCGAAACAAGGAAAAAACGAAUUGUUCCACCACCAGCGAAUGUUGUUGGACCAGAAACGACUUCCGUAACGUGGACAAGUCAAGUUUUUCGUUGGCUCUAUAGCGAUUUGGUGAUUGUCAAUGAGCUAUUAAUAUCAUGGGUGAUUGCACUCAAUGAUAGCUUGAAGAAAUCUGUUGAAGAUCAUGGAGUCGCUGUUGAAAUUGUUCGCGUUCUUCCAGACAGCCCACCACCAGGAUUGUCAAAUAUAUUUUGUAAUUGUGAUGAAAAUAAUCCAGCUGACAUGGUCACAACAUUUGACGUGGAUGCCAUGCCAGUGUUGCAGGUCAAGACCUUCCGACAGAAAUCGGGUAAAGUUGACACAUCCCAUUACAAGGUGACAGUGUCACGUUUCCGUGCAAGAAUGACAUCAAAUAUGAAUUACAACGCAUUAAAAGGUGAUAUGCGUGUCGAAGGAUAUCCCGAUAUACGAAUUGCGAUGAAUAGCGUGGGUGCAAUUAAGGCAAUCGAUCAAGAUGAACAACAAUUACAGGAUGUCAUAAGUGAAAUUUUGACAACAGCUCUACGUGAAACUGUCUAUCCAUGUGACUUUUCAAUCUACUCAACAUGCCCUCGGGCUGAAAUCGAAGUCCCAGAAAUUCCUGUAAUAUUACCUGUUCAUUAUGACUCCUUGGCGCACAACAUGGAAAAUUACAAUACCUCUGGCUAUCAAAAUCAAAUGGGAAAUUCAAUGCAAGCAAUGGCAUCUGGCCGAAGAUUGCUUGUUAAAAUUGUCAAAGGUGAAGGUUUAGCUGAUGCAAAAGAUCCCUAUGUGGUUGUGGAAAUGGAUGAACCAGCACAAAAGAAUCAAACUGGAGCACGACAAGGAACAAAUCCAUAUUGGGAUGAACAUUUCUUAUUUGAACUAUCACCACAAUCAGCUGAAAUUCUAUUCGAAGUCUAUGACCGUCCAACAAAUACUAACGAUCCGCCUAAAUUCCUUGGUCUUGGUUUGGUUGGCAUUGAUGAGUUGGCCGUGGGGCCAGCUUCAUCGCAAACACUUGCCUUACAGCCCCGACCUUAUGAGACUCAAAAAGUUGCCGGUGCAAUAAUGGUUGAUUUUGUGUUCAUUGAGGGUGCUGAAAUACCAAUCGGACCGAGACCUUAUAAAUUGAAAGAAGCUUUAAAAAUUAGCACACCAAUGAUAAAUGAACAUAUUCGAAAUGGAGCGGAUUUGGCAGAUGCUGCGGUUAGAGCAUUGCAAGACGGUGCAUUGACAAAUAAUGGAAAUCCUAGCAAGAGUACACUUAUUAUUCAUAGUGUACAGAGGAAUAAUAACAAUCCAAACGCAUUCAAGGUUGAAAUUAACAAAGAAGGACAAAUCGAAGUUAAAGAAUCCCCAUCACCAACAACAUCCGAAAUUAAUAAUACUGAUGAAAAUCAAAUUGUACAAAAUGAUGAAACUAAUUCUGAACAGACACAAAUAUCAACACCAACUGGAUUGGAUGAAAAUCAAUCAACAACACAGGAUAUAUCAGUGACGACUGAUAUUACGGCAAGUCCCACUGAUAGUUAUCCACCAAACGAACCUGCUUUCGGUAUUGAUGAAACAGGUAAUGGAAGGGAUUUAAAUGGAUCGAUAGAUGAGUUUGGUCGCCCAGUUGCUGCCUCAUCGCCCAAUCAAAUGAGCCGCCAAAUCAAUGGUAAUGGUAGUUACAAUAAUGGCUACAAUAGUCUACCUAGAAGUCAAACCCAUCCAACUACACCAAUUCCCGAUGACUUGGACGAACGCAGUCGAAGUAAAAAACGUAAUUUCUUUGGAACGUUGAAGAAGCGCUUGGGACGAUCGAAAACUCGAACACGAUCGGCCGAUCGUGAUGGAAUGAUACCGUUCGAUGCCAACAAUCUAAAUGGUGAUUCUAGAUCGUUGUCUGUUGAUCGUGGUGUACUGUCGAAAAGCAAUUCGCUUGGUCCAAAAAUAAAUGUGACAACACUUGACCAUUCAAGACGAUCCUCAAUUUCAGAAUCUUCAGCUAUCUCAGGUUUUUCAUCGGCUAGCAACAAAACUUAUGUACAUGAAGCAUCUACAUUAGUAUUGGAAACCAUUGAGAAUGGUGUCAAAAGGCAUUUUAUAGUUCCCCUCGCAAUAGCUCAGAGGCCUAAAUGGCGUCGCAAGGGCACAAAACUACACAUAUACAACGAUCAUACGUUUGUUGCCAAACAUUUAAGCGGAAGCCGCCUUGUAUGUGCAAUUUGUACAAAAUCAAUCCCGCGACGACCUGGCAAACAGGGCUACGAAUGUCGUGACUGCCAAAUGAUCUGUCACAAACAGUGUCAUGUGCGUGCACCACAAGCCUGUACGAAUCCAACAGUUCUAUCUAUGGAAUUAUCAAAAAUAAAUUCCGCAACGGCAGAUGGAAGCAUACGAAAACUGUGAAAAGAAAACAAAAAUAUAAAUAAAAAAAAUAUUUAUCUAGAAAAAAUAACAAAAAAAUAUUUAUUUUAUUUAACAAAAAACAAAAUAAAAAAAGGAAAAAAAAAACAGAACUAGGAUAAAAUUUUCACAUUUUUAUGAAACAAGAAAACAUACAAAAAAUAACGAAAAAGCCUUGCAACAAAAAAAUAAUUGAAAAUAAAAAACAGUUUACAAAAAAAAAUAUAAUGUUAACUAAAAUUAAGA